AAAGCUGAGAAAAUCAGCAAUCGCUUAUCGCCCUGACCCGAAACAAGGCCGUUCAAAAUUGCAAAUAAGUGAGGAAUUGGGAAUUGGGAUUUUGGAUAAACCCUAGAUUAGAAAUCUCUUCUCCCAGCCAGUCAAAGAUUCUCAAACUAAUAGCCCGCAUUAACAGUCCUUACUUCCGAUUCUCUAUUCAUCUCCGUGAAAUUCACGCUCCAUUUUCCCAGCGUUUUUUCUCCUCUCAUCCGAUAUAAACUCGAUGCAAUUUCGUAGGCUCUACACCUCUUUAUCAAAUUCUAGCCGCGAUCCAUUUCUCCUCUAUCGAAAUCUCAAAAACCCUUUUGCUGUUUUUGACCCUAACCCACAAUUCCUCUCAACACCAAGAAUCUUGAAAAAAAGGCCAAUUCUUGUAACCAAACGUUUAGUGUCAUCAUUUCCUGCUAUGGCGGAUGCAAGAAGACCCGCCCAUGUCCCUAUACCACCCCCUGAAACUGCCGAUAAGGCUGAAUUGUAUCGGGCCCUCGAGGCGGCGGUGGGGUCGCCGUUUAGUUCAGGUCCAUUGGUACCCGACCCUCAUCCUUUGAUCAUUGUGGUUAGUGGCCCGAGUGGGGUUGGUAAAGAUGCGGUGAUUAAAAGGCUUAGAGAAGUUAGGGAGAAUAUGCAUUUUGUUGUUACUGCUACGAGCCGGGGUAAAAGGCCCGGUGAAGUUGAUGGAAAUGAUUACUUUUUUGUGAGUAAAGAAGAGUUUAUAACAAUGAUUGAGAGACAUGAGUUGUUGGAGUAUGCAUUGGUGUACGGGGAUUAUAAGGGUAUACCAAAACAGCAAAUUAGGGAUCAAAUGGCUAAAGGAUUGGAUAUAGUGUUGAGAGUUGAUAUACAAGGGGCAGCGACGUUGAAGAGGAUUUUGGGUAAAUCUGCAGUGUUUGUGUUUUUAGUGGCGGAGAGUGAAGAUGCAUUAGUGAAGAGGUUGAUUGAUAGGAAGACUGAGACUAAAGAGACUUUGCUUGUGAGAAUUGCCACGGCUAGGGAGGAAGUGAAGCAUAUGGAGGAAUUUGAUUAUGUGGUAGUGAAUAGAGAAGGGGAGUUGGAGAAUUCUGUUAAGUUGAUGGAGUCUAUUAUUGAUGCAGAGAAAGCUAAAGUCAGGCAAAGAACUGCGACGAUUUAGAGAUUGUCUCCCUUCGAGUCAUUAAUUUGUUUCUUUGAUUAAGUUGAGCUAACGUUAUUAAAGGUUUUUUUUGUUUCCUAUUUCUUCUAUGGAAUUGUAUAACUUUGUCUGGUUGUUGCAUUUCCAUAGGGGACCAUUUCAUGCAUGGAUAACAGAUUCUCGAUGCAAAGGUUUUCCUUAAGCAAAAAUUGUUUAAGUUUGGUACGUGUGUUAAUCCUUGUCUAGCUCAUUUUUGGUUGAGGCAGAGGAAAGGUUACUUCCUGUCUUUGAUC